AUUUCACUAACUAAAAUCACAGCUGCUCAAACACAACAAAAAUGGAGGGAGAGAGUUCAAGUAAAGAAAUUCAAGAUGUAAUGCAAACCCUAAAAACCAGAGGCUGGUGCAUCGAAGAAGAAAACAACCAACUACUAGCAUUAAUCACAAUUCAAAGAGCUUUAUCAGAUGAUAUUAGUAACACGUCAGCAAUCGCCAACUCAGUUGAAUCGGAGCUUCUCAACAUGGACCUUAAAUCCAUCGGAGCUAAAUCCUUACCCGAACCGAGCCUCCUCCUCCGUAAUAAAAUUACUCAUCUUCACGGACCUAAAAUUCUUCAGAUAUCUUCUGUGCGAGAUAUAUCUGUGAGUAGCAUUGAGGGGUUUUCGGAUUCAAGUAAUCGGCGACUCUUGAAAUUUACUUUUACCGACGGUCACAGUGAAAUAACUGCGAUUGAGUACUCUCAUUUACACUCUAUUCCUAAUGAUGUUAUUCCCGGUACUAAGGUCCGACUUGAAAAUAAAGUUCCUAUACAGAGUGGUAUAUUAUGCUUGAAUGCUAAGUUGAUAACCCUUCUAGGAGGUGUUGUUCAACCACUUUAUGAAGAAUGGCAAAUGAAUCGAAAAUAUUUGACUUCAUCCCGUUCAGCAGUAAGAUCAUCACAUGAGACUGAUACCAGUGGUCCACCGCAAUUUGAGAAAUUGGAAAUUGGGGCACUCUCUCACCGUUCUUCUCAUCAUGUGGCUCAAUCUGGCAGCUUUCAUAAUCAAGCUACACGGGAACAUUUUCAAAAUACAAGUCAACCGAAUCAGUAUGCUAGAGGGCAAAAACAAAAGGGGAAGGAAGAAGAGCAACGAGUUCCCAAUUUUGACAAAAGAAAUGAUUGCUUGGAGUCCACUUCCAGGAGCAACGUGCCUGAAGGGAAUAUUGAAGCUAGGCCUACUGGUAUACUACAGAAUGCAGAUGAUGUUGUUCCAGAAAAUGUUGAACAAAAGUCAAGUACCUCUGAGACAAGACAAAAGGAAGUGGCUGAAUCAAUGCCUGUUCAAAAUCAAGCAGCAUCUCAGAAACUACUACAAAAAAUGAAUGUUCCAAAUCAAUUUGGUCGGCAUUCUAGAGGCCGGAGAUACAAUGGGAAGGGUAAACAAGAAGAGCAACAAGUUUUCACUUUAGAUGAGUGGGAAAAGAGGAAAUCCGAGACGAAGCCUCCAACGAGAAAUGACCUUCCAGAUACUAGUUCCGAUGUGGACCUUGCAUGGAAACUUCAACACCAACUCGAUAUGGAAGAUUCAUAUAACCGUUCGGUGGAGAUGGGAAUGAACAACAAUGUUACUGACGACAUUCGAAUGAGCAUGUUCAGUUAUGAAAAAGAUGCCGAUUGGAAUAACGGAAUGGAACAUGGUCGGGGAGGAAGGGAAAGGGGAGGGGGAAGAGGAAGAGGAAGAGGAAGGGGACGGGGAAGAGGGAGGGGAAGAGGAAGUUAUCAUUAAAUCCAAUUCGCCCUUUCUGUAUCAUGUUUAUAUAACUAUUUUUGGUUCUUUGAAUCUGCAUAUGAUAGGGUUUUGUAUUGAGUUUUUGAAAUUUCAGUUUGCAGCUGUGUACCAUUAGGUAUAAGUUUUUUUUGUCGGAUAUUAGGUAUAAGUCCGCACCUUGAUUUUGCA